CUUAUUUUAUAUACUCUUUGGUGAGCAUGGUGAUAAGUAAAGUUUUUUUGUUAUUGCCAGUAAAGUGUAGUAUCAAAUAUUAAAUUCUUCGUUUAAGCCUCGACUUUCCAGUGCAAGUCAAUAUCGAUUCAGUACGACAUCGAUUUAUUUGAUCGCAGGAAUCGAAUCAAGAUCAUCCCUAGUCAAUGCCAAUGUCGUUUUGACAAGUUUUAAAACGUGCAUUUGUUUGUUAUUGAAACUGGGUUAUUAAGGUUUUUUUUAAUAUCAAAUAGUUUUGAUUGUGUUCUGAUUAGUUGAAUAUUAAAAAAUGGUACGUGCAUUGAAAUUUCACGAGAAAAAGUUACUUAAAAAAGUAGAUUUUAUAUCAUGGAAGGUAGACAACAAUUUAAGCGAAGUAAAGGUGAUGAAGAAGUUUUACAUACAGAAACGUGAAGAUUAUACAUUGUACAAUGUGCUUUCAAGGGAUAUAAGGAAUAUUGCCAAUAAAAUCAAAGAUCUGGAUGCAGGAUCAAAUUUUAGAACAAUAUCGAGUGCACGUCUUUUAGAGAAAUUGUACCAAAUGGGUUUGAUACCAACUAGAUGGGACUUAGCUCUAGCUUCACGUGUCUCUGCAAGCUCAUUUUGUCGGCGCAGGCUACCCGUGGUCAUGCUGAGAAAUAAAAUGUCAGAGAAUUUGAAAGAAGCAACAAAAUUGAUUGAACAAGGACAUGUGAGAGUGGGCGCUCAACUUGUUAAGAACCCAUCAUUCCUAGUGACAAGAGCAUUAGAAGAUUUCGUCACAUGGAUAGAUUCAUCGGCUAUUAAGAAACAUAUUAUGGAGUACAAUGAAAUGAGAGACGAUUUUGAUGCUGUAUAGUUAAAAGUUAAAAAAAUGACAGCAUCUAAGUUUUUGUAAGGAAAUAUUUAAAUAAACUAUAUAUAAGUAAAAAAGGUUGUUUUAUUUAUUUCUACUGAAAUUUAUCAUUUGUUUUAGUCUUACAUAACUGUAUUAUAGAUUUAUACAGGUGUUUCUUAUCGAAAUCUUUGUGUUGUAUGGCAACACUUAAGGAAGUCUCCCCAACAACCCUCUGGAACCUAUUAUUUCGCUUAACAUUUGUGUUUAUGAGUAGGAAUCUAUUGGUUUGCAUAUCUGUUUUAUUGAUAUUCGCAUGAUGGGUUUUGCAUUUGUCAUGGUCGCAGUUAUGGAAAUCUUUGAGUCUCGGCCUGCAGUAGCAUCAGCACUCUCAGUGGCCACACUCGCUUUAUAUCCCCUAGCUUUGGAAAAAUAUGUAAAUUUUUUCAUUUAAAAGACAUUUUGGUUUUGUGUA